ACUUAUUAGUUAAUAAACUGCUAAAACAGCUCCCCGCCAUCGCUUGCUCCCUUGAUCUCCCUCUCAGAUCCUCACUUUCACUCCUCACUCUUUAUAUUCCUAUUCCUUCCGGUCUUCAACAACCCCCAAAUCGCCGGUGGGGCUUGAUUUCCGACGACAAGAUCACAUUGUUCAAUUGGAUUUAACCGUUGCAAUUUCCCAUGGUUAAGUUCAGCGGAUCUGUAUGCCAUUGCCAAUGGUGUUUUGUUUCCUCUAAUUUCUGAUUGAUCCGAUUAUCGGCAGGGAAACUGUGCCAUCUGGUCUGCAUUCAUUUAGAUAGGCUCUUAAUUGGUUUCUUAAGCUCGAAUCUAGCCUUGGGAGUUCUAUUUUCCUACUCGAGAUGGAUUGGGAGUUCUUAUGUUCAUUUAUUAUAUGAAUGCCCUAAUUUGCUGAUUGAUUUUGCAAUUUGUUUCUUGGACGAAUGAUUCGUGGGUAGUUUUCAUGUUCCUCUUUCUGUCCAAGGUUGUAGAGAUUUAUUUGAAAACGGUUUGGCACUGUUCUGUGUUUUUUUUUCAUUACGAAAAUGUCGUCGAUCUUGCACCAAAGAUCCACUCACAGCUCACUGGCAAAUUCAUACCCACUUUCUCCUCGUUCUUCCUCGAGUUCUGAGAGAUCAUUUUCCAUAUUCAGCCCUAUAAACCUACUUGUUCUGCUUUGUCUCAUUGUGAUUCUUGGAGUUUUCUUGCCCUGGAUGAAUAUACAAGAGAGUAUUUUCUCAACCUCCAAGGUGUCAAACACUAAAUGGCGACAAUACUCAUUGGCUGAAGCUGCGUCGUUCGUUGCGAGGAAUGGGACUGUAAUUGUUUGUGCUGUCAGCCAACCCUACUUGCCCUUUCUCAAUAAUUGGUUAAUUAGUCUUACUCGGCAGAAGCACCAUGAGAAAGUUCUUGUUAUUGCUGAGGACUAUGCAACGCUCUAUAAGGUGAAUGAACGGUGGCCAGGGCAUGCAGUGCUCGUCCCACCAGCUCCUGAUGCUCAAACGGCUCAUAAAUUUGGUUCUCAGGGAUUCUUCAACUUUACUUCCCGAAGACCACAACACCUACUACACAUUUUGGAGCUUGGUUAUAAUGUUAUGUACAAUGAUGUUGAUAUGGUAUGGCUGGCUGAUCCAUUUCCUUAUCUGCAAGGGAAUCAUGAUGUGUACUUCACAGAUGACAUGGCUGCAGUAAAACCUUUGCACCACUCUCAUGAUUUGCCACCUCCGGGGAAAAAGGGCCGCACUUACAUAUGCAGCUGCAUGAUUUUCCUACGCCCCACAAGUGGAGCAAAACUGGUCAUGAGGAAGUGGAUUGAGGAACUUAAAUCUCAGCCAUGGUCCAAAGCAAAGAAGGCAAAUGAUCAACCUGCUUUCAAUUGGGCACUAAAUAAAACUGCUGGAGAGGUGGAUCUAUACCUGCUGCCACAGUCAGCAUUCCCAACAGGCGGACUAUAUUUCAAGAACCAGUCAUGGGUUCAAGUAACCAAGGGAAUGCACGUUAUUAUACAUAAUAAUUACAUCACAGGCUUUGAGAAGAAGAUUAAGCGUUUCCGAGAAUUCAACCUGUGGUACGUGGAUGAUCAUACUCUCGAAUCUCCUCUUGGUCGAAUAUGAGAAAUUAAUAGGCGUUAUCAUGGUUCUUCCUGCAAUACAAGUGAUUCAAUUAGUGGAAAUGACGAGCAAUCCAACUGCAGUGGAAGGCCGCUCUAUUAUUGUUCAUCAGCCUUAGGUUGGUACUAUAUUUCAUUCACAAUUUGUUAUCAUGGCAACAAUGUAGCAGCAUAUAGUAAGAUUAUCAUCAUCAUUCAUUGAACAUUUAGUUUUGAUUAGUCAUUUUACUCUAAGAAGUUCAUUCAGUUUCAUUUAUCAAAUUCUUUUGAAAUUUUGUUUGUAGAAGUUAUAUACUUUUGGAACUUUAGGGAAGGGCUUUCCACCGGAGUACAUGGGAAUUUGUAACAUUCUUGUAUGGUCAAAUUCUUAACAUGCUUAAUACUUCUGAACUAAACCAUAACUUGCAAUAUUGUACUUGAACUCUCCCUUAACACAAAUGCAUUCUAAGUUCGCACUCU